AUGGAAGUUCGCACUCAGGCUCGGAUGCCUCUAAGACCGGUUCUCGAAGAGGCAUCCAUGCGAGCAAACCACUCCAAAAGUCAGAACUCUGCUACUCCAUCCCGCUGUCAGCAUGCCGAUAUCAAGACCGAGAACAUCCGACCUGCUCAGCCUCAAAAACCGCGCCAACAUAAUUCCGUGGACAGUUCUCAUGUGCCGUUAAACCCGCGACUAUAUGAGAUUCGUGAAGAGGCACAAAGCACUCCUGAAAGCAAGCGAGAAUCUCAGGCAUCAACGGCCUCGUACGCACCCUCCAGCUCAAAUACUUUCCGCAAACCGAAGACGCACGUUGGUCCUUGGCAGUUAGGGAAAACUCUGGGCAAAGGCUCAUCUGCGCGUGUCAGAUUGGCACGCCAUACUUCAACUCAUCAGUAUGUGGCCGUCAAGAUCAUUGCCAAGAGCACUUGCAAAAUGACGCAAGCGGGCAGCCUAGCAAAGCUGGACGAGGUUGACAGUGCCGCACCGGACAAAGUGGAAGGCAUGCGACGGAUGCCUAUAGCUCUUGAGCGCGAGGUGGCUAUUCUGAAGUUGAUUGAACACCCCAACAUCGUAAAGCUUUACGACAUCUGGGAAAACAGCAAUGAGAUAUACUUGAUCUUAGAAUACGUUGAAAGAGGCGACCUCUUCGACUUCAUUAGUAAACAUGGGCCAAUGCCUGAGGAGGAAGCUCUGUUUGUCUUUCGUCAGAUCAUGAGUGCUUUGGAGUACUGCCACUCAUACGGAAUCUGCCACCGCGACUUGAAGCCAGAGAAUAUCUUGCUCAAAGGCAAUGGUCAAGUCAAGAUUGCAGACUUUGGCAUGGCAGCUCUUCACCAGGGUCCUCGCACGCCUCUGUGGACAUUUUGCGGAAGCCCUCACUACGCCGCUCCAGAGUUACUUCGCGAGAAGGCUUACCGUGGUGAGAAGUCAGAUAUCUGGAGUAUGGGGGUUAUCCUAUUCGCGAUGAUGGCUGCCCGUUUGCCUUUUGACGACGAGGACAUGAACCUCAUGUUUGCCAAGGCGAGAAAGGCAAUCUACCACAUGCCAUCCCAUUUCAGCGACGAGGCAAAGGACUUUAUCCAUCGCUUGCUUCAGGUUGACCCUAGAAAAAGGCUCUCCAUGAGGCAGAUGUGGCAGCACCCCGUGGUGUGGAAGUACGGGUAUCUCGAUGAGCUUGGCGGCGAAGGAAUCCCUGAAGUUCCGAAUCCGAAAGCUCGACAGGAGAUCAAGCCCUUGGACCUAUGUGACAUUGAUCCUCAGAUCUUGCGACAGAUACAAUCAAUGUGGCACACGAUGUCUGAGGAUGAGUUGGUCAAAAAGCUUAUCAGUGCCGAUCCAAACGAUCAAAAGCUCUUCUACUGGCUUUUGAAUGGCUAUCGUGAGAGACAGCUGGAGAACUACGAUCCUAGCUUGACGCAUUCUCCAAGUGAUUACCAUCACAUCCGUCCGCCACUGUGGUCGACCAAGGUCUCAACACGCCAGUUUAUGACGAACAAGGCUAGUGGUCACGGACGCAGCAUCUCCAAAUUCACAGUCAUCUCCAACGUGACGGACACGGGAACAGGAGCGAAUCUCGGUACAGUUCGAAGUUACGACCCGUACAAAUCUCCAGCAGUGAAACAACCUUAUGCGACACACGCCAAGAUUGUCAUACACCGCGAUACCACGGACCCAGAUCGAAAGACAGCCUCGCUGGGUUCUACCUCCUGCCAUAAACCUAGGGCUAAUUCCACCGGGAGUUGGAAACGUCCGCGUAGAAGCCAGCUGGGUAACCGAAUCCUCACGCCACGGAGUACUGCUAGCUCAGUUCAAAGCAACAGGAAGUUUCAUGCUCGCUCGCGAACCGGCUCCCGUCACAAGAGAGCUAUGGACUUCUCCGUUGCUCGCAGGAAGAUGGUGGCAGCAAAGCUCAACAAUCAACAAACGUUGCUUGGUACUGAUGGCAAGCAGACAGUACCUGAAUGGAAUAAAAAAUGUUCCUCAGAUCCUGAUCUUCCGGCAAAUAUGACUGACAGCAGCAAUGCCAAGUUGAGGUCCAAAGAUCGUCUGCACGAGGAACUGCGACACUUCAGCAGCAGCAUUGCCAAGGACUGUGACGAUGCGUUCAAUAGCUCUGUUCUUUCGGUAUCCCAGUUUGAUGGCGAUCGGUCAAGACAAGGCUCUCCUUUCUCCUUGAGCCUGGGCACACCUAUGUUUGCCACUCCAGUUACACCUGUCGCCACACCAACGAUUCCUCGUCCGUCAGCCCGACCAUGGGACUCGCGACCAUUGCCGCCAACUCCUCCGUCUUCAAGCCAUGAGACGGAAUCGACCGUCAACUCUGCCAAAAACCCAAGCAUCCCCGUCAGACGAGGCCAGCCUCCCACCCAGGGCUAUAGCCUUGGAUUCGGGCCGGUAGCAACGACCCCGACACCAUCUGAUCGUCGAGUAGUUUCCGCACCUGUUCACGGUGGUCAAUACGGAGAAUGUGUUACCAGGCAGUUGCCCUCGAUCGAUGAGGGCACUCCAAACAUAUUUCAGGACGAGGUAAACAGGUCGAGAAUUGUGUCGUUGCCGGUAAAGCCAUCCGCUGCGGUCCCUACCCCGAACGAAGCCAGGGGUCUGGAGUUUCUUUCGAAGGCAGACAAGACAAUUCGAAUUGUUCAUUCGCCAUCUGCCAAGCGCGAGUCUGGGAUCGCACGUCACCCCUAUCCUAUUCAUGCCAACGCCAAGGCCUCAAAAACGUUGGGAACGUCGACUGGACCUGUUACACACACUUCUGUCGACCCCUACCGUGCAGAUGACCCUAGCAUCGGCCAUGGAAAUACCCAACUUGCGCAAACCUCAUCCCAAGGCAGUGCUUCAACAUUUGCCAUGCGGAAGAAGACGUCCUCUUGGUUUAAACGACUCUCUAGAGAGUCUAGGAGCUCCAAGGGCUCGCUAUGUGAUGGCUUGGACGAUGCAAAGAGCACCGACGUACCAUGUGUUCCUACAUCAGUACCUAAAAAGGAUGAGCGGGCUAACUCAAGCAGCAUUAUAACCCAUCGCCCGCCGGAGAAGACUUCGAACACGAAGAAAAGCUUUUUCCUGCCAUUUUGGCGAAACAAUAAGGCCGAGCCAAGAAUGUCAUUGGCAGAGCCCGACUUCGAGGAAAGCCCAAGCACAGAAACCGAACGGGCGGCGAAGUCGCACAAGACAAGUGGAACAAAUCUACUUCACUUCGAUGACGCCGAAUCUGCUGAGCGCAUGAUCAAGCCACAGCAGAACUGGCUCGCACGUCUGUUCAGAGUCAAGCCGGCGACAAGGGCUGUCUGCCUUUCAAUCUCUCGGCGCCGAGCUCGUCAGGAGGUAGCCAUUCUUUUGCGUGAUUGGCGCAAGUAUGGCAUUCGUGAUGUUGAGGUUGACAAGAAGCGCAAUGUUGUCUUUGCACGUCUAAGCAGCAAGAAUCACCUCAACAUCAAGGAGGUCGCAUUCGCGUGCGAGAUCAUAACAGUAAUUGAGCAUGGCAAACGUAAUCACCUCAGCAUCAUCCGGUUCACACAAGAGAAAGGCGCUGCUAGCAGCUUCCAAAGGGUUGUCGACACGAUGCGGGACGUGCUAGGCAAUCGCAAUCUUCUUGUCACUGACAAGAGUAAGGCAAAAAUGAUGAUCAAGACCCUGAAUUCGUGA